UUGCUUGUAAAAGGUAGGGUUUUAUCUAAAGUUAAUUGUGUUUCUUGACAUAUUUAGAACACACACAAGAUAAUUUGUAGUUAGUUUAGCAUAUUAUGUUCGACAAUAAAAAAGAUCUAAUAAUUGCGGAGUAAAAUUUGGUUCAUCGUUUGUGUGGAAGAACUAAAUGUUUAAAAGAUGAUUUCAUUUUUUAAAAGUAAUUAUAUUAUCUCAAUUCUGGUCCUGUGUACAACAUCCAAUAUACGUGUUUGUUCUUCGUCAAAUGACCCAUACGCCAUAUUAGGAAUAAACAAAUUUGCAACUACAUACGAAAUAAGAGAAGCCUACAAACAAUUAGCUAAAAAAUGGCAUCCAGAUAAAAUUCGAAAUGAUUACGGCGCCGAAAAGUUUAUACAAAUUAAACUAGCUUAUGAACUUCUAUCCGACAUGGAUCGACGGCGAAUUUUUGACCGGUAUGGAGUAUCGGAUACUAACUCACAGUACCUUCAAACGAAACAUGAUUAUAGUGAAUAUAAUCGCUUUUCAUUAAAUAAAAAUGAGGAUUUUGGACAACGAUUUAAUAUUAACCAAGAUAUUGCAUUUUACCAUAAGUUAUCAAUAACAGCUAAUUACUUUGAAAAAAUUAUUUUAUCAAAAAAUGCCAAAAAAGUGCACGUUGUCAUGUUCUACAAUGACUGGUGUUUUAAGUGCACUCGAAUUGUUGAUGCCUUCAAAAAGAUACUUGAACUACUUCAGCCAAUAGGUAUUAGCUUCGCAACAGUCAACGCAGUGCAUGAAGAGUCAAUUUUUCGAAAAUGUGGCGCCCGAGAAGUACCCCAACUGGUUCUGAUUUUGGACAAUCAGUAUUUCCUAUAUCGGGAUCAUAACUUUACCCCGCAAAAAGUUGUUGAAUUUAUACGCAAAAAAAUACCCUCUAAAAUUUUCAAACGCAUCGAACCUGACAAUUUAAAUGGUUUUCUGGAUGGAUGGAUGGAUAAUAGAGCAAGAGCCCUAAUUUUUGAGCCUCGAAGUAUGACUAGGCUACGAUAUCUAUUAACCGCCUUCGAAUUUUACGACCGAGUUGCAUUUGGGUUUGUGAAUACGAUAAAUAGGAAAUCGAGUAAUAUAAUAGCUCGGUUUAAAGUCAAUACAAGCCUGGAUACACUAAUAUUAUUUAAUGAGGAUACGACGAGCUAUACAGCAAGUAUUAGUAUGCAAGAAAUUCCAACUCAAGCAUUGGUAAAUUUAGUAUCUACUAAUCAAUUCUUGGUAUUACCACGAAUAUCAUCACAGAACAUGAUGGAAAGUGUUUGCCCGACUGAAUGGAACCGACAAAGAAAACGGUUGUGCGUAAUUCUUGUUACAGAGAAUAAAGAAAAAGACGACAUUGAAAAAGUCGCUUUAAGGAAUAUUGCCUUGAAUAUGGGGUACCAUUCAAAGAGAGUUCGAUUUGCUUAUAUAUUCAGGGAAAGUCAACCGGAUUUUAUUAAAGCAAUUUCGAAAGGAUCGUAUAAGGACAGUCUUAUACACAUUGUCAUUAUUUGGCGGCGAGAUAAAAAUCGCAUAAAGUACGACUGGGUUAACGUCGGCAAACAGAAUGGCAACAGUUCACCUGAACACUUCAUAAAUUCAACUAAGAACGAAAUUUCCAAUGCAAUUAAGAAGUUAUUAAAAAAUUCAGAAGCUUUAUGUUACGAAGCAUUUGUAGAGAACUUAAUUAACGAACAUUCACAAGGAAUUUUAACUAAAUGGAUUUCUCAGUUCUUAUAUGUUGUCGAUUACCUAUCAGAUAAUAUUGAAGAGGAGCACCUUUUUGCAUUUAUUUCACUUUUAGGAACUUUUGGAUUUAUGUUUGCUGUUGGAUAUGUAUUAAUUUACUUUGUUAAAGUUGAGGAGGAAAAUCUUAAGGCGCAAGGCCAACUUUUCGAUAUACAAGGUCAGCGCCACAACAAUUUGGUUCCGGAACUUAAAUUAUAUGAGCUGAGAGCUGAAAAAUAUAAUGGGAUGGUGCGCCUACUAAAGCCCGGAUGCCGAACCUUACUUCUUAUCAGCGAUUGUCAAAGUCGGCAUAAGCUUAUUCCGUACUUUCACAAGGCUGUUUGGCCGUACAGGAAAUCCAAAACAUUACUAUUUGGGCAUAUGGUUAUUGAAAAAGGUUUGCCUUGGUUUGCUGAAAUUCUUCGUUUAUCAUUAAGUAAAAAUCGACAUUUACAAGUCAAUCCCCGAAAUUGCGUUGGUACUGUUCUGGCAUUAAAUGGUCACCGAAAAUAUUUUUGUAUGUACCAUGCUAAACAUCCAGAGUCCGUUCAGGAAACAAAGAGUGUAUUAAAGAUUACACAAAAACUUUUGGAUGCAAAGGAGGAUCCUGAGGUCGGAACGUUUCUAAAAAGAGAAUUAUCUGAGGAAUCUGAGGCAGAAUCAAAUAUUCUUUUGGAGGAUAAUUUACUUAAUGGUCUUGACAAUUGGCUUGAACGAUUGUUUGACGGAAGGACACAAAAAUACUACAUAAAUUAUUGGCCAGACUUUAUUUCCAAGUGAUUUACUUAUCAGAUCCUUUGUAAAACCAAAUUACCCAAACUUUAUUAUAUUUAAUCUCAAAUAAAGAAACCGUUAAAAAAAAUGUAGAUA